AUGUCGUUAUCUAGUUUAGCCUGUCAAUCAUGUCGCAACAUUCGAGUUUUUUUCGAUCACAUGGUCGCUAUCAAUAUCUUUCAUGAGCCUUCGUUUGCAGAAAAGCUUUCGAAUAUCUCUUCGUUUUCUCAGUUGACUGCCCUUCUGGCGGCCAUAGCUGGCUAUGCCUCACGCUUUGGUGCCCUAAGAACCAACGACGUAGCUAGCGACACAGUUCAGCUCGUGGCAAAGAGUCACCGACAGCCUGCAUACUUCAUUAACCUUGCUUUCAAGUUCAUAAACGAGGCGCUCGCAGAAUGUGACGAUGAGAUGCCGCCACUUUGUGUUAUACAGGCUCUCAUUAUUGCAACGCAUUGUCGACUGACCCAGGGGGUCCGCGGAAAGGCGUGGAGAUCUCUGGGAUUGUGCGUCAGUUUGAUAUACGAAACAAACCUGCAUCUUCUUGAUUCCAGGAAGGUUAUAAAAGCAGAGGAUCCCCACCACUGGCAAGAAGACGAAGAAAAGCGUCGUGCCUUUUGGGCCAUCUGGGAAAUGGAUGUUUUUGCCAGUACUAUCCGUCGGAUGCCAACUACCAUUAACUGGAACCAAAUGGAAAUAUUGCUUCCAGUUGACAACGCUCACUGGUUCUCAGGCCACCCUACUUCGAGCUGCUUUAUGGAGGCGGAUAUAAACAAACGUUGGAAGGCGUUGCAGGACAGUGGUAACCAAUCAUCGAAAGCGUGGUUCCUCGUUAUCAAUUCUCUCAUGAAGAAUGCCCAGAUCGCCUGUGACCCACAAGGAGCGUCUGCCAUAGGUAGUCAGGGCUAUCACCAGCAAAUGCCAAAUAGCCAGAUUUCAACCCUCGAGUCGGCCAUGGAGACUCGUCGAAAAUUGGAAACCUUGGCAAACGCCGUACGCUGCUUUACUUUGGCUUUGCCCAGCCAUCUCCAGUAUCGCGAUCAAUAUCUGGCCUUUUGGGGGCCGGUACAAGGGCAGACAGAAUCUCAACGACUGCAGCAUUGCUCUAUCUAUAAUAUCUUCGUUAUGACCCAAUUAGCUCGUUUGAUGAUCUACAGAUAUGACGCAUUCAGAUCUCAAAAUCAUCCAACUGAAACCAGUGGCCGUCAUCCUUCCGGAAAUUCGGCUGGUCGGAGUACUUUUAGUCUGCUCGAUACUGAAAAUGGAGCGCUUCGACAGUACUACGAGGCAGCUGAUCGCAUUCUAGGAAUAGUGAAUCGGAGUUGCGAGGAUCAUGUUCAGCAUAUUAAUCCAUUUCUACCUAGUACCAUAUGGCUUGCCUCGGCGGUACAACUGGUCCGCAAACAUUUUGCUCGAACACAGUCCAAUCGAGAUCUAGUAAAGUCGCGCUUUGACGUUCUUUAUCUGACCUACAAGCGAUGCGUUCAAUUUUGGGAUAUUCAGACCGCUCUCCAGAAGAACCUAGAGUUGAUCGAGGAGCAACUGGAAGCCAGGACCAAGAAACCGGAGGUUCAAGCUUGUCCAUCCUCUCAAGAAGCGUCAAAUCGAGCAUCGGAAGACACCGAUAUGAUCAACCAGUCAGCCUCGGACCAAGAAGGUCACAACGUAGAGCGCAGCCUGAGUUUUGACCGGUCAGCCCGACAAGCUUCUCAAUACCUACCCGAAACACCCAGUGUCCUGCUCACCAGUUCAGCCCCUAUGGAUGCCAGAUUAGAGAAUACAGCCCAAAACCAUGCGCGAAAGCACCCAUACGUACAACAAGUCGCGAAAAUGGCAGCCUCAAGCAAUGAAUCUCGAAUUAACCUCACUCGCAUUGCACAUGUCUUCUACACCCAUAAAGAAAUCGACAAAGCCCAUCAAUUCCUACUGGAUUUCGGAUUCCAGGAAGUCAAGCGUGUGGGCAAUGACAUCUAUUACCGUGGCACCAGUUCAGAGCCAUUUGUGUACUGUGCGCGACGAGGCGAAAACGACGAGUUUGGAGGCGCAGCCUUUGUCGUGGAAUCCGAAUCUGAUCUUUUUGCUGCGACAAAAUUACCUGGGGCGACAGGCAUCUACGACUUUAACGAUGCGUUAGGUGGUGGUCGCUGCGUCACUUUCCAUGACCCCAUCGACAAGUUCCCAUUUCAUCUUGUUCAUGGACAAAAGGCCCAUGCCGAUGAGAAGGUGCUUCCACAACUUGACUACAAUUUCGUCCUGACCUUCCUCCCACCUUCCUGCAGUAGCAACAAUUUUUAG